CUGUCGCCGAUUGAGGCCGGCGCUUUCCGUGAUGAGUCAGCAAGCGCAGAAGGGAGUGAUGGCCCGUUUAUCAGCUGCGAAGGAUUGGUACCAGCUGGCUUCACCGAGUCCCUCCUCUACUAGGUACAAUGCCACCACUUUCGACCUCAGAGUGUGCCUGGAGCCAAAAUUCAUCGCCGCCAUUCAAGGAAGCUACUGUUACUCACCAAUGCGACGUAUCACUGUCACGGUAGCCGCCACACAUCUCGCCAGAGACACAACGCUGGCGAACACGGACGCCAGCAUGCAAGAGGAUGGCUGCACAUCGGCCCGAAGCUCAUCAUGCCUGACUGGACCCGCAAACAGUGUCGAUUCGACGAGAGCUCUUCUCUUUAUGGCAUCAAGCUCUCACAGGAGAGAAUCCCAGAGUACUGGGACACGGUCGCCGGGACUGGUCCAGCCGGCCAUCGCUGGUGCCGCUGGACGUCGACGUGCCGGCUUGCGGCAGGGAAACUACUGUAGCCCUUCUUCCCUGUCCCGAGAGAAGAAUCCCACCGCCAGUCUGGCUGGCUCCACUGCGGGUUGCCAAGCCAAGGUUUCGGGCCCCGUUACGGCCACUUCGGACCCAGACGACCCAGACGACCCCGGCUUCCUGCAGCGACUUCAACAAUGGGACGGAAUUACUCACAGGUCUUGUGAUGACCAUUCGAAAUAGCUUUCAUCGGGAGCUAUUCGGAACGUUGGCGUGCCUCGAGCAACACAAGAACAGCAAUGGACACUGCCCUACCCUUGACAAGCCGGGACAAAGACCAGCCAUCCAUGAUGGACGUUUACGCAAACUCGUUUGGCAUCACACUCACAGUCCACAAGAUGUCUUUACGAAAGUCCAACGAUGUUGUCUCUGCGAGGAGGACAGGAUUCGACUUAGCCAUCCUCACCCAACCGAACGUAUCGGUUGUUUCCACCAACCCCUUCGUCGGAGACCCUCCGUCCCGGUGACCAGCCUUCAUUUGCGAGACGGCCGUCCGCAUGGUACCUUGGUUACACACAGGAGUAUAAUCCCAACCGAACGAGCUGUAUCAUUGGUUGUAGGACCAUGGCCGCGCCCUCCUCUUGCAUCUUGCCCGCCUUCGUUCUCGUGCAACGGCGACACAGAUCUCGAACGACCAUCGACGGCGUCACCCUUGUCCUCACGUGGGCGAUUUCAAGACGAGUCCUGUAAGAAAGCUGUGCCGUUGCACGAGUGAAGAAGCUGGCAAUUCGUGUGGUGAUAAAAGUGGCGAAGCGCUGGGCUUACUGCCGAUCCGUCGAUAAUGUCUCUCCGCUCCGAGGGACGAAGAAAUCUCACCCCCCAUCAGAUCGACGUGUCUUUUGGCUGAUGGACAGAACGUGCAGCUUCUGGGUGCGGCUGGCUAGGGAUAAGCUUCGAUGCGCUUCUCUCAUGUGGACACAUGACCGUUGGAAUCCCCAGGUUUUACUACCCCAUGGAUCCAACCGCCGGAAUAUCUAAGUCUGUGGGCAUCAGUCGACAUGAGACACCGGGCAGCCACAGCGUGGUUGUUUUUAUUUACCUCAUUUUUUUACGGACGGAAAUCGAAGCU